AUGGCCGUCUUCACCCGUGUCCUCGUUGCCGUGGCCCUCUGCCUGUCGUUCGUUUCUGCAGUACCCCCAUACCCAAUCACCCACGCUGCCCGCUCUGGCCGCAAUGCUGGCCAUAGCUUCUCUAUUUCCCAGACCCCCAAGGUCGAUGUCGCCCGACACGGUCCUACCGAGUAUCUCAAGACCUUGAAGAAGUUCAAGGCCAACAUCCCGCCGGGCCUUCAGGACGUCGUCGAUGCCCACAAAACCGCAGCGAAGAAGGUUAUGACCACUUAUGGUGACAAACCCCUCAACGGAACCACCGUUCCAUCGGCCUCCAAAGAUGGCGAUGUGCUCUGGCUUACCCCUGUUGGCAUCGGCAGCCCCCCGCAACAGCUAAUCUUAGACCUGGAUACCGGCUCGUCUGACACCUGGAUCUUCUCAACCGAUACAGACAAACAGGAUGUUGCUGGACAGACCGUCUGGGAUCCAAGUAAAUCCUCCACCUCUCGCAAGAUCGAUAACUGCACGUGGUCCAUCAUCUAUGGCGACUUCUCUAACUCGGAGGGCAUCUGCUACCGUGACACAUUCACCUUUGGCAACAUAUCCAUUCCGAACAUGACCAUCGAGUCGGCGACAUCCGUAUCGGACAUUUUCACCGAGUCUUCGUAUCUGUCCGGCCUUGUAGGCCUGGCCUGGCCGUCUAUUUCUCAGUUAGUCCCUCCGCAGAAGACACUCCUCGACUUCCUACCUGAGGUGCUGAGCAAGGCUCUGUUCACGGUCGACCUACGCCACAACGGCAGCGAUGGGUCCUUCAACUUCGGAUACAUUGACGACACCUUGCACACUUCUAAAAUCCGGUAUGUGGAUGUGGAUACUUCGGAAGGCUUCUGGAGCGUCAAGAACACGGGUUUUUCUAUCGAGGGCGUCAACGUAAAGUACAAGUUCGCCGAGGCACCUGAUGUCAUCAUCGACACAGGCUCCACCCUUUUCUUCGCGCCGGAUGAGGCAGUCGAGCAGUACUUUCUCAAUGUCGCCGGUUCCAAAUACUCGUACGCCGACUAUGGCUGGUUGCUACCGUGCAACUCGACGCCUCCGGACUUCACCUGGGAGAUCGGAGAUGCGAGAGGCAACACAGUGGUUGGCACGAUACCUGGGGAGUAUUUCAUAUUCGCCCACUCUACCAACGAGAUGUGCUAUUCCGGUUUGCAAUCCGUUGGUCUAUUCAGUGGCGUGCAGGGUAUCUUUGGCGACGUGUUCCUCAAGAGCCUGUUCGCUGUCUUCGACAUCUCGGGCAAGAAGUUCGGUGCGGCCACUAAGCCUCUGAACACUGACAACUACAGGCGAGCGGUGGGCGCCAAGGGCAGGGAUCGAAAUGCCCACGCCCACAAGCCCACUCGUAUCCUAAGCGGCAAGGUCUGA